CAUCCGCUGAGAUUGGCACGGAUUUGGCCUUCACUGGUAGCCGGGUAACAUACACUCCCAGGUCUUUCUCUGCCUCUGUGGUGGAUAGUGGAGUGUUUCCCAUGUGGUAUUGGUGUGCUGGAUAUCCCUUCACUGGUAGCCUGGUAACAUACACUCCCAGGUCUUUCUCUGCCUCUGUGGUGGAUAGUGGAGUGUUUCCCAUGUGGUAUUGGUGUGCUGGAUAUCCCUUCACUGGUAGCCUGGUAACAUACACUCCCAGGUCUUUCUCUGCCUCUGUGGUGGAUAGUGGAGUGUUUCCCAUGUGGUAUUGGUGUGCUGGAUAUCCCUUCACUGGUAGCCUGGUAACAUACACCCCCAGGUCUUUCUCUGCCUCUGUGGUGGAUAGUGGAGUGUUUCCCAUGUGGUAUUGGUGUGCUGGAUAUCCCUUCACUGGUAGCCUGGUAACAUACACUCCCAGGUCUUUCUCUGCCUCUGUGGUGGAUAGUGGAGUGUUUCCCAUGUGGUAUUGGUGUGCUGGAUAUCCCUUCACUGGUAGCCUGGUAACAUACACUCCCAGGUCUUUCUCUGCCUCUGUGGUGGAUAUUGGAGUGUUUCCCAUGUGGUAUUGGUGUGCUGGAUAUCCCUUCACUGGUAGCCGGGUAACAUACACUCCCAGGUCUUUCUCUGCCUCUGUGGUGGAUAGUGGAGUGUUUCCCAUGUGGUAUUGGUGUGCUGGAUAUCCCUUCACUGGUAGCCUGGUAACAUACACUCCCAGGUCUUUCUCUGCCUCUGUGGUGGAUAGUGGAGUGUUUCCCAUGUGGUAUUGGUGUGCUGGAUAUCCCUUCACUGGUAGCCUGGUAACAUACACUCCCAGGUCUUUCUCUGCCUCUGUGGUGGAUAGUGGAGUGUUUCCCAUGUGGUAUUGGUGUGCUGGAUAUCCCUUCACUGGUAGCCUGGUAACAUACACUCCCAGGUCUUUCUCUGCCUCUGUGGUGGAUAGUGGAGUGUUUCCCAUGUGGUAUUGGUGUGCUGGAUAUCCCUUCACUGGUAGCCUGGUAACAUACACUCCCAGGUCUUUCUCUGCCUCUGUGGUAGAUAGUGGAGUGUUUCCCAUGUGGUAGGGGACUUCGUGGUGUAGUGGUUAGCACACUCAGCUCACAACCGAGAGAGCCUGGGUUCGAUUCCCGGGUGGAGUGGAAAAAAUUGGGUGGCUUUUCCGAUACCCUACACCCCUGUCCACCCAGCAGUGAAUGUGUACCAGGUAUUAAUCGGGGGUUGUGUCCCGUCUCCUUGGGUCUGUUCCCUUCUCCUAUAAUUCCUUCCCCUUCUGUCUCUCUCCGGCAUAUGACCACAGAUGUUGCGCCCACUAAACCAAACUUUCCAACUUUUUCCUGUCUCCUGGGGUCUGUUCCCUUCUCCUAUAAUUCCUUCCCCUUCUGUCUCUCUCCGGCAUAUGACCACAGAUGUUGCGCCCACUAAACCAAACUUUCCAACUUUUUCCUGUCUCCUGGGGUCUGUUCCCUUCUCCUAUAAUUCCUUCCCCUUCUGUCUCUCUCCGGCAUAUGACCAUUGAUGUUGCGCCCACUAAACCAAACUUUCCAACUUUCCCAUGUAGUAUUGGUGUGCUGGAUAUCCCCUCCCAAGGUGCAGGACUUUACAUUUUUCUUCACUGAAUUGUAGCAGCCACUUUUUGUUCCACUCCUGUAGCUCGGUGAGGUCUUCUGGUAGGAAAUCCACAGUCAAGGGAUUAAGAAUGAAUUUGAUGGAUAACUAGACUAAUUGUUUUUCUGGGUCAAGCAAAUUCUAUACAGUAUAUUUGUGUCUUUUUUAUUUCAAUAUAUAAAGCUUGAUCAGUUUACUAAGGCCUUUGAUGCAUAUGGAUAACUGUUUGAAAAUCCUCAGUACCCUUUUUUAAUCUCUUGGUCUAUAAAGUUUAGGUGAAUUUGAUAAGGACAGUGCUAAGUGUCUAGCUUUUAUGGGCCCUCGGUAACAUGUCUAAUCAAUCAAUCAGUUUUCCGCCUCCUCUUCCUUCUUCUUAUAGUUUUAUGGCUCUAGUUGAUUUCAUUUAAUAUUUUUCUUGCACAUAAUCAUCAGCGGCUGGACGCUAUAUGGCUCUCCUCCACUCUACUCUGUCUUCCGCCCGAUGCUCGACCAAUCCCAUCAGUGCCAAGUCUUCCUGUACACACCUUCUCCACGUUCUCCUAGGUCUACCAACUGGUCUCCUUCCUUCUACCUCCAAUCUCUCCAACACUCCCAGCACUGUGUCCUCCCCUGCUCUCUUUACAUGUCCAAACCAUCAGAGUCUUUCCCUUCUGAGCACUGUUUCCUACCUCCAAUCUCUCCAACACUCCCAGCACUGUAUCCUCCCCUGCUCUCUUUACAUGUCCAAACCAUCAGAGUCUUUCCCUUCUGAGCACUGUUUCCUACCUCCAAUCUCUCCAACACUCCCAGCACUGUAUCCUCCCCUGCUCUCUUUACAUGUCCAAACCAUCAGAGUCUUUCCCUUCUGAGCACUGUUUCCUACCUCCAAUCUCUCCAACACUCCCAGCACUGUAUCCUCCCCUGCUCUCUUCACAUCUCCAAACCAU